UCCCUUUAACAAGUUGGGCGUUUUUUGUAUAAUAUUGGAAUUGUUCUCGCUUUUUAAAAGGAUUGGUUAGGACUGAGAGCGCUGGAAAAUCUCUUGCAGUGUAUUUGUAGUUAUACUGUGUGGUAGUACUUUACUUGUGGCAGUAUUGACGUACACAACUAAUUAUAAACAUACAAAAAUUAUAUUUGCAUAGUUUCUAAAAAUUACUUUAACCUAAAGUUAAUUUUUUUAACUAAGUAAUGAAAAAAUUUAAAGUGGAGAAAAGUUCUGGAACCAAAAAGGCCAAAGUUGAUAUAUCCCCUUCCGUUUUAAAGGAGACCUUAAAGCACGUUCAUAAAUUAUGUGAAGAAGAAGCUGCUAAGUCUUCUGACAAGUUAUCUAGUCGAACCUACCUCGCUGAGGAGAAUUAUCGAGAGGUGAAAGAAAUGGAUAAAGAUGAAGUUAAAGAAGCCAUUGAACAAAUUGCGAUACGCUGCGCGCAGGCUAUUAUGUCCGGUGAGGGUCUGAGUUUUAAUGUUCCUUCACGUGCUGCGUCGAAUCAGUCCUACCACCCUGAACUGGACAGAAUAAUUUUAAAAAGCGCCUUCUCCACUCGCCCCCUAGCCAACAUCGCCACCACGCGAAAGACCGCCAUCACCACCAGAAUCUUGGAGCUCAUUCACGGGGUCGUUAGUAAAGGCAUCCACGUCACCAAGCGGGAUCUCUUUUAUAACGACGUAAAGCUUUUUACCAAGCAAGUGGAAUCCGACUGCGUGCUGGAGGAUGUGGCCACGAUGAUCGGAUGCACGAGAACCAGCUUGAAUGUGGUGGCCUCCGAUAAAGGGGUGGUAGUGGGAUGCAUAAAUUUCCGGGAUGACGGAGAUUAUAUUGACUGCACUAAGAUGGGCGUGGGUGGGAAGGCGAUACCCGGCCUCGUGGAUCGCAUUAGCGACAUUUCGGGGACCGGCCAGUUCGUGCUUUUAAUAGAAAAAGAUGCAUCCUUUACCCGUUUGAGCGAAGAUCGCUUUUACUUACAGUAUCCUUGCAUUAUUAUAACUGCCAAGGGACAGCCGGACGUGGCAACCCGUUUAUUUCUCAAAAGGGUUAAAAGUGCCCUCAAGAUCCCAAUACUCGGACUGUUUGAUAGCGAUCCGUACGGCCUUAAAAUUCUGUCGGUGUAUAUGUCAGGAAGUAAAAACAUGUCCUACGAUAGCGCCAAUCUGACCACCUCCGACAUCAAGUGGCUGGGGGUCCGUCCUAGUGACCUGGACAGAUACAAAGUGCCUAAAGAGUGCAGGCUGCCAAUGACAGAACAGGACAUAAAGACGGGCAAAGAUCUGCUGAAGGAAGAGUUUAUUAAAAAAAAUCCCUCUUGGGUAAAAGAACUAGAGUUAAUGUUAAGAACGAAAGAAAAAGCAGAAAUUCAGGCUUUAAGCAGUUUUGGCUUUCAAUAUCUUACGGAAGAAUAUCUGCCCAAAAAACUGCGAGAAGGUGAUUGGAUUUGAUUCAAGUAAGAACAGUAUU